UAAAAAUGGAAAAUAUUUCACACACCUGUCCGCAGGAAAGCUGCUCGAAAGUGUUCAGUAAUUUGUCAGCUUUAAUUUACCACUUCGAACAGUCUCACUUUUCCUUGGCUAUCAACAAAAAAGCACAUAGUAAUGCGCAAUUUGUACCAAAUAAUGGGAGAAGAAUUCCAAAGGGUACAUCUGCACCUAAUGAGAAUAACGUAGCACUACCUCAAACAACCAUUGCAUUGAGUGACAGUAAUAAAAUAACGCCAAUUCAAUUAUUGCUUAAAACUCCUAAUCCUAAUGCACCACAAAUUCAAGCAAUGAAUGUAGUAGAUGGUCACAAUCUAAAAACACCAAUUCAAGCUAUGGUCAAAGGUGGUGGCAAGAAAGCAUUAUCCGCAAACUCUUCAUCAAAAACUUUUUAUAGUUCACUAUACCUACCAUCUCUUUGUUUUCCUAAUAGUAAGGGUAAUGCCUUAUCUAUUCCUCAUGCCAUUAAAUCGUUCACUAUAUGUAGUAAGCGUUUCAAUUAUCUUGAGCUUCUUCAAUCAAAUACUAAUGUGCCCAACGAUGAUUUUGAAUGGACGAUUUUGCAAAAUGUUAAACCAUCUACUAGCAAUAACACAACACCAGCGAUGUUACCAAUAAAUGAAUCCGUCAUGAUCCCUGUUCAGCCAAUACCGGAGCUAGAUUUGAGCAACUUCAAUUAUAGUACCCAUGUUAAAGAUAGUGGGUUAACUACAGAACAAAUUAUAAUGUAUGCAGUUCUAAUGGUAGAUUAUUCAGCAAAUCGACCCUACCAAUGUCCUAUAAAAGGUUGCUUUAAAAGGUAUAAGCAUAUAAAUUGCGUAAGGUAUCAUGCCAAUUCACUUCGGGACAAUACGCUUUCAUCACAACAUAAUGAUAAUUCAAAAGAGAAUAAUCAUGUCGUACACCAAUGAGUAUUUUUAUCCAAAUCAAAUAUCUUAAACUAUAAGGAUGUGUCAUACAAUUUUCAUUUUUUUUUUCUGAUUUACUCGAGAACUGCAUCCAUCUAUAAAGACAACGUAAAUUAUUUAAAUAAAUGUUAUUCAG